CCCUGCCCCGCGUUCAGCACCUCCCCGCUGAACAGCAGGAACGGGGCAGCGGCUCCGGGAAGGGGCUGCGGGGCCGCCCCCCGCCCCGGCAGCUCCCCGCGCCUCGGGGCGGUGGGAAUGCUCGGGGGGUUCCCAGAAGAGCUCUUAGAGAAGGGGGAGGGGGCGAAGGGGAUGAGCUUCCCUUCCUCUUGCAUUUGCCGUUUGCCGUUAAAAUUAAGUGUUUUGCCCAUUUUCGGGAAGUAGGAAAUUACUCGGGUUUUGCCGGGUCCCGUAGAAAUCAGCAGCAAUCGCGGUAAAUAAGGACGUAAGUGACCUGACAAAGAGCGCCGGGGAUGUUCUCUUUGGUGUGGGAAUUGUACACACGAGUAGGCAGCGCAGUCACAGCUCACCGCCGCCACAGCCCGCGCACACCCGUGUGCCGUGAGGCGUUCUCGGCUCUUUGAAGCGAUGUCCACCACACUAUUCGCGGCCGCAGUACCAAUCUUUGACCCGGAGUGUUUUAUCUUCCAUUAGUAAGCCUUUCUCUGCGCGGAACUGGUUAAGUUAGGGUCAAAUCUGGUUCAAUACCUUCUUGGCAUGCUCAGAGGGCUGGGUUUAAACAGUGGCUGAGGCGGAGAUGAGGCUGCCUUCCUGCGGGCUCUGUCCUGGCCGGGCUCGGCGGCUCUGGGGGCUGCCUGUGCCGGGCAGGUCGUGCACGGCACCGGCGUGGCGCUGGAGCAGCUCCGGGGGCUGGCAGUCACGCGUUGCCUUUUGUUGAUUCUAAAAACACGGCUGGUUCUGGUGGGAAGCUGAGCGUGGCUGUGUGCUGGGGGGGUUGCACGGCACACAGCCUCGGUUCCUGCUCCGCGCAAGGAAAUCCCGUCGGGAUAGUAGGUUGUGGCGUGAAAGGACAUGCUUUAAAAUAAAAGGACUUAAAGAGAGAAAAUAAACCGUCCUGAGACUCGGAGCUUGGCAUAUUAAACGUGAGGCACAGCAUGUAAAUGACUGGAGAGAGAUUGGAAGGCAGUCCCCGAGAAACUGAGCCUGGCUGUAAAAUAAGCAUGUUACCGAUAGUCUUGCAUAUAUUUACGAGGUUAUAAGAGUAGCUUGCCCCCCUGCCCUGCUCCAGCCCGUGCUGUGGGAGGUUGCUCUCCAGGAGGAAGGGCUUUGGUGAAGAAACAUUGUCUAGCAAUUACAGCCUUGCAGUCCGGGGGGCUUCAUUAGGUUCCUGGACCUGCCAGCGACUCGCUGUGUUCUUGGACCAGCCAGGGUGGCUGUCAGUAGCCGGGGGUUCCAGCUUUAUAAUACGAGGAGUAGUUUUCUAACUCGCAGCGAAGUUGGGAAGCUCAGCGGGCACUUGCAGGCACAGUGCUUGAAGAUCGUGAAUGGAAAGUGGGACAGAAAUGUGGAGUGUGAGCCCUGCACAUGUGAGUGUCUGCUUCUGCUGGGUAGAAAAUAUUGGCUGUGAAUGUCUGUAAAGCAGCUGUGAAUGUUGGACUGUAGAUAAGGAGAGUAGCAAGGAUUUUGUUUUCCAAACCCUGAGUGGUGCCGGGAGCCCUGCUCCGAUGUUUGGGUGUGCCCUGCGAGUGUGCAGCAGCAGGAUCUGACUUCCCCUUGCAGAGAGGAGCUCUGCUGCCUGACCCUUGAUCGCUCAGUCCCUUGAACAUUGGAAACAAAGCGAUGGGACUUUACUGCGGGGUGAGAUCUCUCCGGAGAGCUGGGAAAGGCAGGAAGGAGGAGGGCGGCAGCAGCAGUGCCGGGGUUCAGGGUUUGGCUCUGGGCUGGCUGCUUGGGGCGCCACUGGCAUUUCCAUCUGUGCCACGAGUGGUGUGGAACUGGGGAAAAGGCAGCAGGUCCUGAGACAGGCACUGGAUGAGACGUCGGUGAGCAGCGAGGACUUUGAUAUGAACGACUCCACAUGGAUCUCAGCUGACCAGCACCUGAACUCCAGCCUGAGCCCCAGCCAGGACGAGAGCAUGCGCAGCCCGCAGAACCUGCACGGCCAUGAGGACGACGACUCCUCAUCAGAGAGCUGCAGCGGGAAUGGCUCCUCCACCCUGAACCCCUCCACCUCCAGCAGCACGCAGGGCGACAGCGCCUUCCCCGAAAUGAACGGCAAUGGCACCACAGCCCCCAUGGACUUCACGGCCUCGGCUGACGACCAGCCCAUCAACCUCUGCGACAAGCUCACGCCUGCCCACAUCACCCCUUCCUACCAGUCCGACAGCUGCAGUGCCGACGGGCUGCGCAGCAGGGUCAAGUACGGGGUGAAGACCACAGCAGAGUCCCCGCCGUACAGCUCUGGCAGCUAUGACUCCAUCAAGACAGAGGUGAGCGGCUGCCCCGAGGACCUGACUGUCGGCAGGGCCCCCACAGCUGAUGAAGACGACGAUGACCACGACGACCAUGAAGACAAUGACAAGAUCAAUGACUCGGAGGGGAUGGACCCGGAGAGGCUAAAGGCCUUCAAUAUGUUCGUGCGCCUUUUUGUGGACGAGAACCUGGACCGGAUGGUUCCCAUCUCCAAGCAGCCCAAGGAGAAGAUCCAGGCCAUCAUCGAGUCCUGCAGCCGGCAGUUCCCCGAGUUCCAGGAGCGGGCGCGCAAGCGCAUCCGCACCUACCUCAAGUCCUGCCGCCGCAUGAAGAAGAACGGCAUGGAGAUGACCAGGCCCACGCCGCCUCACCUGACCUCAGCCAUGGCAGAGAACAUCCUGGCCGCCGCCUGCGAGAGCGAAACGCGGAAAGCAGCCAAGAGGAUGCGGCUGGAGAUCUACCAGACCUCCCAGGACGAACCGAUCGCUCUAGACAAGCAGCACUCCAGAGACUCCACAGCCAUCACCCACUCCUCCUACUCACUGCCAGCUUCAUCUUACUCCCAAGACCCAGUCUACAUCAAUGGAAGCCUGAACUACAGCUACCGUGGCUACGGGUCCCUGGGGGGCAGCCUGCAGCCCCCUGCAUCCCUCCAGACAGGCAACCACAGUAAUGGUCCGACCGAUCUCAGCAUGAAAGGCGGGGCGUCCAGCACAGCCCCCUCCAACAGCAGCAGCCGGGGCAUGCAGGCGGCCCAGCUGAGCCCCACGGAGAUCAGCGCCGUGCGGCAGCUCAUCGCCGGCUACCGGGAGUCGGCGGCGUUCCUGCUCCGCUCUGCAGACGAACUGGAAAACCUCAUUUUACAGCAGAACUGACUCCCCGUGUCUGCAUCGCUCCUCGGUCGACAAGACAAUUUAUACCUGCUAGAGAGAGGCUCCCAGCGGCGUCCUGCUCAGGACCACCAUCGUCCUCCCGCCGCGUGGUGGGCACAUGUAGUUUUAGAAGGUGGGAUCCAAAAGACCUGUUUUCUUUUACACUCCAAGCACCUGGGACUUCGGGCACAAGGACACGUUUUGGAACCGUACCAACACCCGUGCCUCCGGCCGACCAGAAGCCAACCCUGCAGCUUGGAAGGAUGUGGGACUUUGAAGGGCAGAAGGGAGCCUGGGGAGGUUUGGGGCUGCAGAUGUACUUAGAAUAACCUUUGUGGACCCAAAUGUUAGAUUCCCAUCCCUGGAUAAUUUCCAAGUCUUAGGUGAGCUGAAUCACAUAUUUAUUGAGAAAUGGACCCUCCUCUCCCCUUAGUAAUUUAUUUUUCUGAAAAUGGAUUCUUUUGAGUUUGUACAGAUUGCCAGUUUUUUGUCUGUCUGAUCAGAAGGAAUUUAUUCCUGUGAAAUAACACAUUCCAUAUCACUACACUACUAAUUUCCAGGCAGCUCUGCCUGUUUCUCUGGUGAACCCUUGUCCCCCAGGGAGCAAGUUUGCCAUCCAGCCCUUGACAUCGAGGCUGCUCAGCCUCCGGUGAGCGUAGGUGGGAGCUGAACAGCAGCGCAAGCGUCCUGCUUAGGCCUUUGUUCUAAGAGGUCCCAUAGCAGCAGUGGGGUCUGAACCUCCCGCAGAGACUCGGCGAGCUCGGCAGACCUCCGGCUGGAAGGACAUCUCGCACUCAUUAAAGUCAUUGCAGAUAAGAGAAGGAAGGAAGAAAGGAAGGAGACACCUGAGAAACACUGUCUUGCGGUCACCAUCCGUACUCUACCUCACACUCCAUUGUGGGCUUCUUCCAGGACUGGCGGUGCCAGUCCUGGGGGCCAGUGAGCGUUGCAGACAUGGGGAUCGUGCCGAGGAGGCUGGAACCUCCGGCUGGGUCCUGCUGCUCCCGGCUCUGCUCCGUCUGCAGCCGUGAGGCAGGGCAGGGCUCACCCCGAGGGGAGCUGGGGUGGUGACCGCCCGCUCCUGCGGGCAGCACUGAGCAGCAGAACUGACAAAGCCCUCUCCGGGGGCCAGGAUCCUUCCCCCUCCCUGCUCACAGUCCUGGAACAAGCCCACAGUUCCCAAAGUGUGGAAGAACCGUAGCCCAGUGACCAUUCUGCCCUGUUUCCACCCCCCACAAUGAUGCACUUCGUUUUGCUCAGUGCAAUACCUACUGCCAGUGCUGCUAACCCAGGGACCUCGCUCGGGCCAGGGGUGCUGAGCCCAGCCCAGCAGUGCAACGUGCUCUGGAGCUGUGCAGAGACCAGCGAGGGUCCCGCUGCUCCCUGUCCCCCGCAGCCCCCCCACCUGGCUGAAGGCCACACCACGAGAUAGAAAUUCGAUAAGUGUAAAUCUGUUUUGUAGGUAGAAACUUUCUUGGUUUGGAGCCAGUUUUUAUCUUAUUUUUUGGCCACUUGGAGCCAGCAGCCAGGGGCUGCUGCUCCAGGGGCCAACGCUGGUGGCACAGGCUUGAGCAGCCACUGGUCUGGCCAGGAGCAGGCCCGGGCAGUUCCCGUGUACCCUCUGCACCCCAUGAUGCUCCACACACUGGAAGAAAAAUAGAACUUUACCCUGCUUUUAGUCUCAGAUCAGAAAAAGCUGCUGGCUCCUGAGGCCAGGUGUGCCUGGCCCCACAGCAGAAGGGAUCAACCAUUGCAUUGACUGUUUUCCCCAAACCUUAAACUUUCCAUAGCAUUUGGAGAAAAGGGACCCAGCCCCUCGCUGCGGGGUGCAGCUGAGGGUUCAGUGCAGAGACGAGGUGAUGGUGGCUCUUAGACCUGACCCGAUGCUGGAACCAGGAGCAUCGUGGCCACAUCCAUCCCCUCCUGCCCGCAGCAGUGGGGAGGGGGCCCCGGGGAUGCCAGCCCCCAGCCAGGGCUCAGACUUAACGCUUUCCCCAGCACUUCAGAAGCCUGCUUGGUUUGUCCACUGCAUCCUCCCAUACUUGGAAUUUAUGUAAAUAUUUAUUUUUGUGUGAAUACCAUGAAGUAACAAACCUUUGACAAAAUCUGUAACUGCAGCCAUUUGUGAAAAGUCUUACCGUUCAGGCAGGAGAGGCAGAGACAAUCGCUGUCCUGGGAUUCUCCCUCUCCGUGGUCUCCCGCCCUCGCCGGUGCCUCCCUCCUCGGCAGAGGCAGAGGAACCUUUAGCCAUAAGCUUGCCAUCAGUUUGUACUGAAACAGAGGUAACCCGGGGACGCGUGGACAGACCACCAACAUCCACAGUUGGGUUAAGUUCUAUUUAUCCAAGUCAUUCCUGAUCACCUCUGAACCUGUCUCGGCACAUGUGGAAGUUCAGGAGCUCUCACACGUGGUCAAACUGCUGUAGAGGACACCGAAGGAGGGAGCCCAACACGGUCCUGUCCCAGCACCUGAUGUUCAUAACCUGCAGCUGAAUGGUACAGACUCAGAUUCCCAAAGCCCUGGUGACAGCCACAUCUGGGACAAGUUGUAAAACAAACGGGAUUGACUCCGAAUUUCUGUGAGGGAUCUUUUUUUCUUUUUUUUUUUUCCCCUUUCUUUCUUUUUUUUUUUUUUUUUUUUUUUUGUGAGCCACAGCGUUCUGGUUCCUUUGGCAUGAGCUCCACAGACAUCUCCGUGCUCUGCAGCUGCUCCGUGCUCCACCGUGGCUCCCUGUGCUCCAGGACUGUUCUCAGCCACAUUCCUGCACUCUCACUGGGCAGGACGGGGUCAGGAAUUGCUAGUCCAGGUUCUCAACAAGAAGGAACAAGCAGGAGCAGAAUACACCGGCUUUCCAGAUAUCUGAGAGGUGGAAGGAGAAUGCUGGGUUAGCAAAUGGUCUGGAUGGUCUUGGGUUUGGUUAAGAAAAGCUGAUCACUGGUCGAAAAAAAGAGAUUUUUAUUUUUUUUUAAAUUUUAUUUAAUUUCAACACACCCAUCCUGCCCUGGAUGUGCGGUUCCCAUGACGCUGUUUCUCUAUGGGAGAGCGUUCCCAGGGUUGUGAGCAGAUGUAACUUGUACCUCCCCGAUCCCAAGGGCCACUUCCCUCCCGGAGCGGCCGUCGGAUUUAGUACCAGUUCAUGAAAAAAAAAAAAAUGCUGCUUUGAACUCAGAGGGUUAAUAUACUUUUGAUUUGUAAUUUUUUGUAAAACUUUUUACAAGGUAGCAUAGUAUUUCACCAGACACCAACUACAAUCCGUCCAUGGUCUGAUUUUUAUAUAAUUUAGUGGUGCUUUAGAAACUUUUGUUCAGUUGUUUCGGAGCUGCACAGCUCAGUUCUUCGCCUGUAUCUACCUAAGACCAAUGUGAACCUUUGUAUUUUUGCUCCUAAUUUUGGACUCAGUGAAAGUGUACUGUUUACAUGUACAGAACUCCCGACCCCGUGUGUUCUGCCAGACCUGCUGUUGAAGAGGAAGCUGCCCCUCACCCAGUUCAUCUGCUUAACCCAGCCACAGCCUCACCCACCCAGCGCCACGCGCCCGCCCAGGGGCACCCCACCAAACCCGCACACCCUUUAAGCAAUUUUGGGUUUUGCACAAGCUGUUGUAUCUCCCCCCCCCCACGCUGUAGUUUUACGGAUCGGCUGCAAUUCCAAUCGGGAGCUGAUCCAGAGCUCCGAAGCACCAGAUGUGGGCAGUGCUGCUGCCUCCCCAUCCUCCUCCUCCUCCCGCACGGGUGGGAGGGCGGUGCUGCCCGCAGGGUCCAGCUGAUGCAGGGGCCCAGGAGGAAACACUCCUGGCAGAAUUGGGAAUGCUUUGGGGAAGGGGGUGAGCUCGCCCGAGCCGGCUGCUGCUCGGGGUGGAGGUGGGAGCGCGGUCCCACGGGAGGCUCCCAGCGAGGCAGGAGAGGCUCUUUGGGAAGCUGCUGCUUUCCCGAGGGCUCACACAGAAAGCGUAUGGCACUUAAUCCAGCUACUAAGGUGACACUUUAUUGCUUAAUCAAUUGAUUCCUUUGGAAAUGAUAUUUUUGCAGAUAGGCACCUAUGCAACUUCAUGUGGCUCUUAAGCAGAUGAGCACUUCCUCCUCAACGAGCUUGAUAAGAGUUAUUUGUGUUAUAUACUGUGGAUUUUUCCAGUAAAUGUGGCUUAAUAUUUUAAUUCUUAGAAUGUGUGUCUAUUAUAUAUGUGAUGCAACUUAAUUCUGUUCUGUUUGUGGAAUGAUUAGCACAGGCCAACUCCCUGUCCCCUCACUUAACAAAGACCAAUGAGCUGUUAAUCGAGCUGUUAUCUCCAUGGUAUUACUUGCUAAAUGCACUGAUUUCAUAAGUAUGUGGAAUCCUUUUUUUUUUUUCUUUUGAAUCUGUAUAUCAUAUAUAAGACUGAAUCUACUUAAUAAACACUGUAUAACAAAAAGGGCUUUCUCCUCCACUGUCGAGCCCCGCUGGGUGCUGCUGGCCCCAGCGCCGCCCCUCGCCCCAGGCCCUGUGCGAGAGGUUGGUGCCAUCAGUCACCAGAGCGGGACCUAAAUUUACGUGUUAAAAGGAAGGAAAAAAACCCCAAACCAAACCAUCUCUCAUUCCUGUUGACAUAAGCUGUGCUUUCCAUUCCGUAACAGACAGCGUGGGUACCAGAGAGAGCAGUGGCAGCACUCACAAAGGGGGCAAGGCACCAGUUUUAUGCUUAACUUAUAUUUUGACAAAAUUAAUUUUGUGAAGUGUCUGGUUUUUGUGAGAAAAAAAAAAGAAAAAAGAAAAAAAAAGUUUUCAUUGAAGUUUGUGCGAAGUUCUCCCUCAUGGAAAAUACUGAUUUUUCGUUAUCAGCUUUAUUCACUAAGUAUAAUAAACCUUUGCAUCCAUGAA